AUGCCUCUCCCACCAGGCGUCUACCGCGCCGACCAUGUCGGAUCUUUCCUCCGCCCGAAAGCCGUCCUCGACGCCCGCUCCGACGCUGCCAACGGCAAGAUCACCAGCGAGCAACUCCGCAAGGUCGAAGACGAAUGGGUCAGCGAUGUCGCAAAGAAGCAACUUGACAACGGCCUUCGCUCUGUCACUGACGGCGAGUUCCGUCGCGCAUACUUCCAUCUCGACUUCCUGAAGCACCUCGCUGGUAUCGAAGAGAAGGGACAAGUCGGCAACAUUAGGCACAAGGACGGAUUCUCCCCACCAACUCUUGUUGUUCAGGGAAAGCUUGGUCACCCCGAAGCUAUCCAGGUUGAGGACUUCCAGUUCCUUGAGCAAGCUAUCAAGAACAAUGACGCCAAGGCGACACCUAAAGUCUGCAUUCCUUCGCCCACUAUGGUACAUUUCCGUGGAGGAAGGGCAUCUAUCGACGUUUCUAGUUACCCAGACUUAGACGUCUUCUUCGAAGACCUCGCACGUGUCUACCAAGAAGAACUGGACUCUCUCUACAAAGCCGGCUGCCGCUUCGUGCAACUCGACGACACGAACCUCGCAUACCUCUGCGAUCCAGACAUGCGCAAAGCAGCCGAGCAAGAGCGCAACGAAGACCUCUCAACUCUUCCCCGCAAGUACGCGGAGCUCAUCAACAAAGCCAUCUCCAAGCGCCCCGCAGACAUGAAGAUCGGCAUCCACCUGUGCCGUGGAAACUACCGCUCCAAGUGGUUCGCAUCAGGCGGCUACGAGCCCGUCGCGGAAGUCCUGUUCAAGGAACUCAACGUCGACGCAUACUUCCUGGAGUACGAUGACGCGCGAUCGGGAGACUUCAGCCCGCUGCGCCAUCUCCCCGAGCACAAGGUCGUCGUGCUUGGCGUUAUGAGCAGCAAGAAGAACACCCUCGACGACAAGGAGGAGAUCAUCAGGAGACUCAAAGAGGCCGCGAGCAUAACGCCCAAGGGUCUGGAUCAGCUCUGCGUCAGCCACCAGUGCGGAUUCUCAAGUACGGCAGAGGGCAACGAGUUGAGCGAGGAAGAGCAAUGGGCGAAGGUCAGGCUAGAGGUUGAGAUCGCGAAGGAGCUGUGGGGAGAGGACUUGAGCCAAUAAACGAUGGAUUGCUGUGAGGUGUGAGAGGCGUUGCGAUGAUGCAUAUUGAAAUGGCGUUUCUCAAGGGGAUGAAAGCGUAGAGGAUGUUUUGUUCGCAUGAUUCAACAAGCGAUUCAAAGACCGAGAGGGUCGAGAGAUGUAAGGAUUAGUUAUGACGCUCCGUCUCAACGACUGGAAAUAUGAUGAUUAUGAACUA